CCGCCCGGUUCACCGAAAUGGCGGAGUUACGUGUAUGGUUCAUUUGUUUGUUUCUCCAAGCUGCAUUGCAAGGCACUCUUGGCGAACUCGUAAAGCUAGACGGAGACAUCGACAACGAUCCACCGGUUGUGACAUGCAACGAUAUUACUCUGAGUACCGACUUGCCAAAUUCCUUCCUGGGACUCAACCUGUACACGGGUGAGUAUACUUACUCCGACGACAACCCCGCCCCGAGUGAGACAACGUACAAUGUCACUACCGGAUCCAAUGGAGACGUGUUCCCUCCAGGACAAACACCUGUAACAAUGUUUGCAAUAGAUGUUUUUGGGAACCUUGCCACCUGUCUUUUCUACGUGCAGAACACUCUAACGGAGUUACCGGUCACCUGCCCUGACUUAAAUCGCGACGUGAAUGUAGGUCCGGGCGAGACAACAUUUACCUUCAAUCCAGAUUUCGGAGCUAAUGACGUCGUGAAAUCUGUACCCGGUUACCGAUACCACGGAGCUGUACAUGUUGAUCUUUCUUUAGAUGGUUUACCCGUAGGCAGCGCUGUCACUGCGGGGAGACACGAGGUAGUGGCAAUCAUCUCUGAUGAUGUCUUGUCUAUCACAUGCACAGGAAUCCUCAUUGUCGAAGAAGUAGAAGUGUCGUGUAGCAUCACCGAAAUGACAAUCAAAAUUCCUAACAGAGCCCUCGAAGAUCCACAAUCUCUUCAUCUUAAAGAUUCUGCUUGUAAAGGAUUUGAGGAUAGCGACGGUAAUAUCGUUCUCUCGACUCCGUACGACAAUUGUGGAACUGCGAUCCAGUCAUCUGGAGACAAUAUCAUCUUUUCAAACGUAGUGACCGGUUUGGAAAGAGACGACACCCCAUUUCAAUGCGUCUUUCCAAUGGACCAAGUAGUCGACGGAACUCCCAGUGAGAAAAUAAUCUCAGACAAAGGUAUUAAAAGCUUGUUGCGUCUAGGUCAAGCUAUUAUGUCCACAUUUAAUAUUCGUUUUACUCACCUGCCGUCUGCUGCACCCACACCUGCAAUUGCACAGUUUGCACUGCAUCUACUUGAUCACUAG